CCCAUCUUAUUGUCGAUGAAGUAAGUCUCACCAUUCACCAGAAGCACACGCAACUACAUAUUGAGACCCAACUACAGAUCCAGGCCAACACCACACUGAAACCCAACAACACAGAAAGCGAUUGAUUAGCAGGCAGACACCAUGACGUACCAGACCAAGUACGAUCAGAUCCUCGACGAGAAGGUAGUCGAAAGCCCCGAAAACAUAUCACCACAGCAGCCAACUCCCAAGAACCAGACCUUUCCCAACGAGAAGGAAGUCAAGCCCGCGCACAGCUUUCUCCACAGAGCGAUGGUACUGACAGAACUUCCGCAGAUUCCCCAAGACUUGCCCACUAUGCAGACCUGGUCCUUCACCCGCUGCAGAACCUACGACCACGCCUACAACCUGCUCCGCAUUUACCAGACCCUUCUCGUCGACCUCGAUUUCACUCCACGUGAGAUCGAGGACUGGCUUGCGCAGGGCCAUCUCGGUCGCAACAUCGUGAUGCACUUUGAGGGCAACCUAGGAAAGAUUCCCGAGCACCGGAUGACGUGGUUGAUGGCGCACCUCUGGAUCUGGGGCUUGGAUCCCGACACCGCGCUCGGGGCCGACGUGCCGAUCUUCAAGUUCUCGGACGAGGGUAGGAAGUAUCUGGGACAGUUUGAAGCUCCUGUGGAGUGGGCGGGCAUGCUUACUCUCGAGAUCGAGUCCGCCAUGGAGUGGGAGCUCGAGAUCGCUAGGUCGCUUGCUCGUGUGCAGGCCGCAGCGGAACCGAAGGGAUUUUUGGAGACUUUGAUUCUGGGGAAGGAGAAGGAGGAGCCUUUGAAGUAUGAGCGGUGUUUCGCCAGACAACUGGAGAGAGUUGUACUUAAGCUUGAAAUGGCGGCAGAAGAUUGCAGAGAUGUGGUAUCAGUCCCCUCGGAUGGAGUGGAUGAAGAGAUGAGAUGGUAG